AUGGCGAACGCUCAGCGCCCUCGGGUGCAAGACAACAUAAAUGGUUUUGACACAUACUUCAGCAUAGAUGCCGAUGAUGCAGCACUCUAUGAUGGAUUUACCAACAACAGGACGAGGAACGCGUUCCUUUCGUUUAUGCGGAAGGUCAUCGCUAACCGGAGAAAAGACCUUCGCGGAAGAAACACAGGGGCGAGUAUCGGCAGGCUAUGGACCGCAAGGAGAAAUCAUUGGCUGGGCAAGAUAGAUAAUGGCCGACAACCUGCGGCAACGGCAGUUGCGCCAGGCGCUGUUGCUCCAGUCCCUCUACCAGCCCUUCCACCAGUCGCUCCUUCUGGCCCAGCGCCUCCAGUAGUAUCAGUAGCAAUACCAACUGGAUUGCCGCAGCCUGACAACAACGAUGAUGCGUCAGUGGCGUCAUCGGAAGCCUCGAGCGGUGAGCGUUCGCCUACCUUUUUCCUUCAGAAUGACCCUAGACGCAAACACUUCUUGGGCCCUACGGCAGGCCAGAGAAAAGACUUCUACAGUCAUGACGACGGCCGUUGGAAGUUUGCAAUGACUUUGCACCAGACUCGGCUCGACGAUGGCAAACGGCGUUUCAGCCAGGGGACUAUGCCUCGCAAGUCAGUCUACUUAUGUGUUCGAACCAGCAGCACUGGCGUCAUCGAAGAUCGCGUCACGGUCAAAUGUCUGGAAGCAAUAUCAGACAAAGAGAAGAAGGAUGCCAAGGACGAGAUUCAUAUAAACCAGAUAAUUAGUACCCUCAAUUGUUCGCAUAUGAUACCGUAUCGUGGCCACAGUUACCGGAAAUCCACCAAAACACUCCGCACUCACGCAGAAAACCAAGUUUUCGAAGCUCAUCUCUACAACAUAUACACGUCGUUUGCCGAACUGGGGAAUCUUGCACGCGUCCACGACGGGCAUGAGAAAGAAAAGAGACCUGUGCCCGAGCACUUCAUCUGGUACUUUCUCAGCCAAGUGACUGAGGCACUACUGGCGCUGCGGGAUGGUACCUGCUCAUCACCGAAUGCUGCACCCGACGACCGAGAAGAGACAUGGCGGGCAAUUGUGCACUCCGAUAUCAAGGAUGCUAACAUAUUCCUGCAGACCGCUAAUACCAAGUACCCUGCAUAUCCGAACGUUGUUGUGUCUGAUUUUGACAUUGCCUGUGAAAAGGGUACAGACGAGAGAAGAUACGACGGCACGCCUGGCAUGCAGCCCCCGGUAAGUUAUGUGUUCCUCCUCAUUCUCUUGAUACUCAUCUUUCAACAGGAACGAGAGCAUUCUGCGAUCAUGGAACUUGAUUGGUUCCCGGAGAGAUGGACUGUAUCGGAGAAGUCGGAUAUCUGGAGUCUAGCCAUGACAGCCUGGGCGCUUAUGGUCGCUCAUAAUAAAGGUACUGACUUCUACGACGAAGCCGAUGAGAGAUGCAAAACUUGGAUAUACAAAGAUGAACUCAAGAAAGGAAAUGUCAGCCAGGAGGAAGGGAUCUUUCCAAGUCAUCUGAGGGAGCUUCCCAAAGAAUACAGUGUCGGUCUGUGCGAGAUUGUUUCGGAAUGUCUGCGAUAUGACCCGGAUGGUCGCCCAAAUCUAGAGAAAUUGCGAAAAGUCAUCGAUGAGCAAUUGGCCAGAUUGGACCGCAUGUACGGCGAUGAGAUAAAGAAGCCAGAAGGCACCAUUGUCGACGACUUCAAACUUGCGUAUACCCCAGAAGAGAGCGAUACUUGGGCACAGUUUGCUCUCGGUCAGACCGUUGAACCACCACGGAAACGGCGCAAGACGGACGACGCUGGCGCCUUUAAAGAUGAGUUGGCAAAUGUCGUCAACGAUUGGAAAUCCAAAUCCAGAUAUCCUGUAUCAGGCGCAGCAGACCGCGAUGCUCUAAGUUCGGUUGACCAGAUCAUCAACGACUGGAAACCCGAGUCUAUAGUGAAAUUCCGAGCAAAUCUGCCCCAACUACACGCUUGGCGCUUUCUUUUCACCUGUAUUCGCAAACGUACAUCCCCAGAAGCAUACGUCUAUAGGUACGACAACGACAACGAACAGGAUCCAUCGGAGACGCUCAAGCGCGAUAACAAAAGGGCAGUGCUUGAAAUUCUGCGCGAUGUGGUUGUGCCCAUCGCUAAAAAUGUUGCUAGGAUAAUCGCUAGUGAAGCAGCAGAGGAGAAUGGAGAGGAAGCCACACAUGCGGAAAUUGAAGGUACCCCUGAGAUGAUAAGUCUUGACACAUUACGGCAUGCGAUAGAGUGGGGUUUGGUGCUUUUGAAUGUGGGUGCGGAGCCGAGAACUCCGAGAUUGAGUGAGAAGACAGAGAUGCAUCGUGGCAUGCUUGACUUUCUCUUCAAGGAGCCUUCUGAGAAGACGAAUAAAAUGCACGUUACGUUCAAAGUCCACGCCCAAGACGACAAAUGGGACGAGUUUCGGAUUGCCAAGCGAUACCAGUCCUCGCGGAAGCGAAGAAAGGCCGGUCUCGCGAAUAGCGCGACGAAUGAGUACAAGAAAAAGGUAGAAGAUUAG